UUCUCCCCGUCGGAAAUCAGUCACUGUCGCCGGAAAACAUGUAUUUGGCUUCUUUUUGCCGGUGACUUAUUUCCUCCGAUAACCAUUGAAAUAAAUGAUUAAUGGAGUUCAUAUGGUGUAUUUGCUAUGAAAAGGCAAAAACGAUAUGCUUCAUUGUUCGAGUUUUUUCCGGCAGAUGGUUAAGUUUGAAGUGAAAUUUACAGUUUAUUCGAUGACAAUGGUAACUGAUGAAUUGUGUAAAAUGGGGGAGUUUCAUAAGGCAAGAAAGUUCAUGGAUGGAAAAUUUGUGAAACCAAAUAAUUGCACUUAUAAAAAACUAUUAAAUACAUAUAUAAAGAAACCAGAUUAUUUUAUUGUGAAGGUAAUUUUGAGGACAAUGGAGAAGGAAGGAUGGGAUUUCGACCCGAAAAGUUAUACACUUCUGAUUAAACGUUAUUCAACUUUUGGAGAAUUUGGAGAAAUGAAGAGAUUAUUUAUGGAAAUUGAAGAGAAGGGUGUAAAGCCAGAUGUUCAUUUAUACACAUCUAUGAUUAGUGGUUAUUGUAAGUUAGGUAAUGUUAGAAAGGCAUAUCAAGUGUUCGACGAAAUGACUGAGAGAGGACUUGUUCCUGAUGGUCACGCAUAUGGGGCUUUGAUAAAUGGGUUGUGCAAGGCUGGACUAAUGCAAGAAGCUGAAGUUCUGGUUAACGAGAUGCAAAGCAAGGGAAUUUGGAUUAAUCGAGCUAUAUUUAAUACGAUGAUGGAUGGUUAUUGUAAGCAGGGUAAUGUGGAUGAAGCGUUGAGGUUACAGAGAAUUAUGGAGGAUGAAGGACAUGAGCCUGAUGCAAAUGCUUACAAUAUAAUUGCUACUGGCCUGCGUAAGCUAGAUUUGCAUGACGAGGCAAAGAGGUUGUUGCUCUCGAUGGUGGAUCGAGGUGUAGCUCCAAAUGUAUUGUCUUAUACGUCUUUGAUUGAUAUUUACUGCAAGCAGGGUUAUUUUUUUGAAGCAAAAAGGAUACUUAGUGAGAUGGAAACUAAGGGAAUUAAGCCUAGCACGGGAACGUACAACGCCCUGAUAGAUGGUUAUUUCAAGCACGGAAAUUAUAUUGAAGCAAAAAGGGCAUUUAUUGAGAUGGAAACUAAAGGAGUUAAGCCUAACACGACAACAUACACUGCGCUGAUAGAUGGUUAUUGUAAGCAAGGAGAUUUUGUUAAAGCUAAAAGGACACUUAUUGAGAUGGAAAGUACUGGAGUUAAGCCUAACACCAAUACAUACACUGCACUAAUAGAUGGUUAUUGCCAGAAAGGUAUGAUGAAUGAAGCUUAUAAGCUAAGAAUUGUCAUGGAAUCUAAGGACUUGAUACCUAACGUCUAUACAUACACCUCACUUGUACACGGGGAAUGCAAAUCAGGAAAUGUUGAUGGUGCUCUGAAGUUUUUCAACGAGAUGCCUACAAAGGGUUUAGUUCCGAAUGUUGUGACUUACACAGCAGUGAUUUCUGGCUUAUCAAAAGAAGGCAGAUCAGGUGAAGCCCUCCGAUUAUACAAUCAGAUGAUAGAGGCAGGCGUAAUACCCGAUGCUGCUGCAUGCUCUGCACUUAGUCUCGCCGGGAACUCGCCGAAACUCGCCGGAAAACAUGGCAUCUGCACUUGUGUUAAGAGGUAA